UCUCAGCUGUCUGUACCAGUUUUAUCGUCGUCGGCCUUUUUGUGUCCGUUUCAGGAGGUCACCAUCUUGAUAUUCGCUACUCUUUGGUUGUUUACUCGGAGUUCCAGAUUCUGCUUGUUUUCAAGGUUCAGAUUUACAGACAAAGUUUGAACUUUAAAUCAGCCUGUCUGAGCGGUCCACCCCAAGUUUAUUUUCCACACAAACGGUUGCAAACAGGGCGAACCGAACCAUUUUCCGGGUUUAACCGGGUUAAAGUUCGCCUUCGGUUCACCGGAGAGUCCGGAGGUCACCUGGACAGCUGUUUAACCUUCACCGUAGUACAAAGAUAUCCUUUUACAUGUAAUCUGAGCGAACCGAACGCCGUCUCUACUGCAGAGAGAACAUCUCUUUGGAUGAUGGCCAACCCUCUGCGGUCUGAGGUGGUUCGGCUCUACAAGAACCUCCUCUACCUCGGCCGGGAAUACCCGAAAGGCGGUGACUACUUCAGGGACCGUCUGAGAGCGGCGUUUACCAAGAACAAGUCGGUCCAGGACCCAGAGCAGAUCAAGGCCAUGAUCGCCCGGGGGGAGUACGUGGCGCGGGAGCUGGAGGCGCUCUACUACCUGAGGAAGUACCGGGCGAUGAAGAAGCGUUACUACGAGGAGUGAAGACGCUCCGCAAAGACUCACAUAGAAAAAAAGAAAAUAGAAACAUUUUUAUUUAAGAACAGAUCAAACAACAGCAGCUUCAACUGACCCUGCAGAGUUUAAUAUAUAUAAAAAAAAAUACAA